AUGAUCAUCAUGUCAGAUACAAUUCUCAUGCCACCUGUGGCCUCCGGGUCUAUCAAGAUCGGACAGUUGCUCGUAGAUCCCCUGAGCCCCGAUGUCGACUCUUACCACAACGAAAACGAUGCCCUCCCGUUGAGAGUACCUACAACACAGACCGAGUUCGAAGAAACCAUCCAUUGUGACGAUGCGGGCCGGUUCAUUGGACGACAGUUUCACUCUUCGAAGGAGAACUCAGUCCUCGUCCAAGCCGAUCAAAUGUCUUAUACAACGCUAAGAGACCCUCUUUCGGCUUUUCGCUAUACUAGUCGACGAGCGUCCAGCCAAGCCUACCUACACCAGGCGGCUCUUCGACGGCAACCACUUUACUACGUUACUGCCAUCCAAACGCUGUCUAAUCCACGUUUCACGGAUGACUACCCUGGUAGCGCAACACCUCCAAGGCCUCAAAUUCGCCGUCAAGACUCGGGGAUAUCUCUCAAUGAGCAGGACGAUAACGUCAUCCUAGGGCUCGAGUUGAGAAAGGUAUACUGCCGUGUCGCCUCGCCGGAAGAGCCACAACGACCAAGCGACGUUGGCUAUGCAUAUAAAAACUACGCACUCCUGGGGGGAAGAUGA